GGUGCUGGCUCGGCGGGGAGAGGCGGCUGGAUCCAUCUGUCUGAUAGCAGACGGCCGCCGGACUUUGGCCGCAUUGCUUGGCCCGAGGAUAUCUUCGGAAGUCUCGAGGUCGAUGCCGAUGGGAGCUUUGUGGGAGGCAAUGGCAAUUAUCAGUCGAGCGGUACCUACCGGAUUGUGACUCGGGAUGGAAUCUUUGGGUUGAGUCCCUUCCUUAGAGAAAAGUUGGUCCAGCGACUGCGCCAGGAGGCCCAAUAG